AGAUUUGUAGACACAGUCACAAGUGACAUUGCCAUUUUCAGCCUUUUCCUACUGUGCGGAUUCCUCCAUCGUAAAAGUCCAAAUUCUGCAGUUUGUCCGUAAACCCUUUUGUGAACCCUGUAUACGGAAAACUACGUGACGUGAAGGGGGAAAAGAUGCACGGAAAAUGUCGCUUGAGUGGCCAACCACUUUGAUGUUGAAACGGUGACGUCACGAGCACGCCGGCGAGCAAUGUCAGUGCAUUGAAAGGGAACCAACAUGUCGGCGAGCGACUGUUUCGUCAUGACGUGUCCAACUGUCACACGGCCGCGCGUCUUCUGACGAGGCAGCGACGCACAAGGACUUUCCUUUUCAAAGGAGUCUAUAAAAUGACGUCAUGACGGGGGGGGGGGCUUUUUCGCAGCUUUCAAUGGAAAUCGAAUGCAAAACGGUUUUGCUAAGAUGUUAUUUGACAAUAUGAUAAUUAGUCGAGUCUGGUGUAGGCUCGAGUGAAGGCUUUUGGGACUGUGGAGUGCGAGUUGAUGAGUCACAUGGCUCUCUCCAUAUUUGUGCGGCUCUUAAUUUGUGGUCAGUGUAAUAUGCUAACUGUGCUUCGUUUUUGUGGUGUUGUUUGUGCAUGUUACACACACGCAACUUGUGGCACAUUUUUCGUUAGUUCAUCGCACUUGCAGUUUACCUUUGGCGUGUCUAAGAGGAAAUCAACCCCAACUGUGAAGGCACGCUUGUAUCGCUCUCUUGUGUCACCAACAGAGAACAACGCAGUUUAGUUGGAUGCGUGGACCGUUCAGGGUACAAUUGAUGUAAACAAAAUGGAUGGCGGAGCGGGGAGUGGCAAAGAGGCGAGUGCCAAAGAAGAUGGGAGUGGCAAAGAGUCGAGUCCCAAAGAGCCGAGUCCCAAAGAAGCGAGUCCUCAAGAGCCGAGUCCUCAAGAGCCGAGUCCUCAAGAGCCGAGACCCAAAGAGCCGAGUCCCAAAGAGCCGAGUCCCAAAGAGCCGAGUCCCAAAGAGCCGAUUCCCAAAGAGCCGGUUGUGACAGAGCCAAGUGUGAAAGAGACAAAUCCCAAAGAGCCGAAUCAAAAAGAGGCGAACGGGAAAGGGGCCGCUGUGCAUAAGCAGCACAGCGUUCCAGAGCCAAAACGUGUCAGUGCCGAGAGCAUCGAAAUGAGUGUAUUAUACGACGUUCCCGUGAAAGAAGACGACUCCAAAUGCAAAUGUUCGUGUUGCAUGCCCGGCCAGGUGUGUUGUUGUUUCCUGGGAUUUCUCAUCAUGUUCAUUUCCAUACUGAGCGGCCUCUACGUCAGCUAUUCCAAGUUAGAUCAGUUGAAAGAGCAGCUGAAUUCCAGCGAAGAAAUCAUUCGGCUGCACAUCAAUACGUUGCUGGACCACAUUCCCAAAAAAAUGGAAAGCAUCGAAAUACAAUUGGAUGAUCUAUUCCAACAGCACCGCAAGCUAAAGGAAUACCUCCGCUCUAUUGACAAUGAAUACUCCGGGCUAGUCGUACUAAAUACAAGCGUGCAAAUGAGCGAGCUGCUGCUCAAGUACCGCAAACUGGAGGACAUGACCUCCGUCGUCGCUGAGCUGAAAGCCGCCGAAGCUCUGCUCCGAGAGCAACACCGGCUGCUUUCCAGAGGGCAGGAUAAGCAAACCGACUUGAUAUAUUUGUAUUUUUGCGGCGCAGACGGAGCCGAAAAGGUACCGCUCAUGUGCUGCAAGAACGGCUGGGCCAAGCACGCUUCCAAUUGCUACGGAAUUUCCGACGGAGAGAAAACCUGGGAAGAGGCGCAAAGUGACUGCAAGGCCAAUAAAAGCGAGCUGGCCAAAAUUGACGGCGCCAAAGAGCAGGAGUUCCUCACCAAACUGGUUCACGCGUACAAGGAGCAAAAGAAAAUCAAGCCUGAAAAGUUCAACACCUACGGAGCGUGGAUCGGCCUGUCGGCCUCCAACGGCCACUUCAGGUGGACCGACGACAGCGCGCUGUCCGCGGAGACCUUUUGGAAAUCUCGAAAGCCGCGCAAGAGGAACGAAGACUGCGUGGCCAUCGUGCCCCCGCCUGACACCAAAGGGGUCGGCUGGUACAACAGCUGGAAUGCGCUCCUGUGCGACGAGAAGCGAUAUUAUCUGUGUCAAAGUUGCGUCUUUUGCGAAAAGGAUUCCAAGUGACCCGGCGACCCAUCGUCAGCAUCCCUGGAUGAGACCGAUCAGCGCCUGCUUCCGCUUUCGUUUCUCUCUUUUUUGCCGCCUGACGAAACAAAAGCGACGGAGACUCCCCCCCUCCCAACAGCUGCUUUGUCACGACAACGUUUUUGUCCUUAAAAAGGGCCGACGAUGAUCCACUAGGGGGGAUUGAGGCCAAAGGUCGCCGGCUACUUAACGAGCUGGCUCUUCUGCCGCCAGUCUUUGCGCUGACCUGAUUGGCCGCUGAGAGACGUGACGGACGGAUCGUUCAUCCGAUCGCGGCUUGCGUUGCAUGGAAAUUGGAGCGUUCUCAGAAU